UCUUGUUUCCUUUUUCCGUUGAAGAGGUAUUACAACAAAAUGGGUAAGGUUAAGUGUACUGAUCUGAGGACAAAAGAUAAAAAUGAGUUGCUCAAGCAACUGGAAGAACUCAAAACUGAGUUGACAAAUCUUCGAGUGGCAAAAGUUACUGGUGGUGCUGCAUCAAAACUUUCGAAAAUCCGUGUGGUAAGGAAAGCAAUAGCUAGGGUAUAUAUUAUUAUGCAUCAAAAGCAAAAGGAAAAUUUGCGUUUGUUGUAUAAAAAUCAUAAAUAUAAGCCUUUGGAUUUAAGGCCAAAAAAAACUAGAGCUCUUAGAAGAGCAUUAACACCUUAUCAAGCCAACAGAAAGACUCUAAAAGAAAUACGCAAGAGAUCUGCUUUUCCUCCAAGGAAGUAUGCUUUAAAGGUGUAAAUUGCAAGGUACUUAAUAUUCAAGAAAUAACAGAAGCUGUAAAAAUUUAAAGACGAAUGCCAGGGUUUCUAGAAAGCACAAAGUUCAGAAGUUCAUCACUAUCCUCACAGACAAAUGGUUUUCGAUGAUGGCAAGCUACAUCAUGCCAUUUAAUUCCAUCAUUGUAAAAGUUAUUCAGAAUUGAUAAACAAGAUUCGUCGUUACCCUGCAAUAUAAAUUCAUGCAUUAAAAAACUAUUAAAAAUAAAAUUUGAAUAAAGCAAAUAGAAAAUUCAUAUAUAUAUAUAUAAAUGAUUCCAGUUAUAAUUAUAAGUGAAAUUAUAAGUGAAAUUGAAUUAAGAUAAAUUUUUUAUCAAUAUUAUCUAAAACUAAUAAAUAUUUCAAAUUUUCAUUGCCAUUAAUCGUUCGAAUUUAUUUGUUGUGCGUAUGUGUUGUAUUUAUAAAAAAAUAAUAAAUUACCUGAGCAGCUUCACG